AUGGCCUACGCUCGAUUGUCGGACGACGCCUCGAUAGAGAGUCCAUACGAGAAAGCAGAACCAUCUGAGUCACUGCUUCAGAACUCCGCUAGGUACUUUUCGUACAAGAACCUGUUCGGUGCUUCUCUUGUUCUGUGGAUAGCAACGUUAGCCACGCUUGCUUGGGUGCUGGGUCAGAAGCCCUCGACCUACGGGAACCAUGCUACAAAUUCAUUGCCAUUUCCUCCAGUGCCGUCCCGCAUGAUCACUUUCGAUCCAAACCCAAGAUUUCACUAUACAGCCAAAGAUGCAGGAGAGUCCGCGUGGUCGGCUCUGAUGCCCAAUGACGGAGGUAUCAUCUCUAUAGCUAGUCCCCAAAGGUACCAGCUACCCGUGAGCUACAAGGAUCGAAACGUCUCCGGCGCGGAAGUAUAUUCGAUGUCCAUGUUCCACCAGCUGCACUGCCUGAACUCGAUUCGUGUGCGGCUCGGAAUAUUGGAAGGCUUCAUCAACGAGACUGUUGGCAACAUACAAAGAAGGGAUGUCUUUGCGCCGGAAUCGCAUGUGAACCACUGCUUUGACUACCUUCGCCAGGCUGUCAUGUGCGCAGGAGAUCUGUCUUUGGAGCACUCCGUUGUUCCAGAUGAGUUCGGUUUCAACGGUUGGGGAACAUCGCACCAAUGUGCGGGUUGGGAUGCGAUGUGGGAUAUUGCGGUGCAACAUCGAUACGAUCAGGGUAUUAGGCAAGAAGCUGAAAGGAAUAGAUAG